AUGGACUGCCACGAGGCACAGCGCGAACGCGCUUACAAGGCGGUAGCCUUCGCGGCCGUCUCCUUCUCGUUGCUGGCCGUGUUGUCGGUGUGCGUCUCCCUGCCCGUCGUCUACAACUUUGUCGAGCACGUCCAACAGCAGACCCAGCGGGAACUCACCGCUUGCAAGACGACGGCUCAGGAGAUCCUGGGUGAGGUGUCCACUCGCCGACCGGCCACCCCCUUCGGCUCGUUGGCCCGCAACGCCACCGCGCAGAGGGCCAAGAGGCAAGCUGGCGGAUGCGCCGGCUGCUGCAAGCCCGGACACCCCGGACGCCCCGGAGCCCCUGGAGCCAACGGAAAGCCCGGAGUGCCCGGCGCCCCCGGAAAGCCCGGAGUCCCCGGCCGUCCCCCGGUCGUCUGCCACGAGGUUGAGGGAGCCCCCGGAAACCCCGGAGCUUCCGGCCAGCCCGGACCCCAGGGAGAGCGCGGAGUCUGCCCAAAGUACUGCGCCCUCGAUGGUGGAGUCUUCUUCGAGGACGGAACGCGCCGA